CUGUUUUGUCACUAGAAAUAGAAAACUUCAACUUAGCCAACCAAACUUUUAAGCCAGGUGAUGAACUUCAGAAGAUGAAAAUGAUUAAAUCUCAUCUCAUGAAAAUCAAUAAACCUUCCCUCAAGACAAUUCAGAGUCCUGAUGGAGAUAUUAUAGAUUGUGUAUUAUCUCAUCAACAACCAGCUUUUGAUCAUCCUCAUUUGAAGGGCCAAAAACCUUUGGAACCACCUGAGAGGCCAAAAGGGCACAACUCGAAUUCCAUGGAAUUCGAAAAUUUCCAACUCUGGAGAUUGUCUGGAGAAACAUGUCCAGAAGGAACAAUUCCAGUACGAAGAACAAAAGAACAAGACAUUCUAAGAGCUAGUUCCAUUCGAAGAUUUGGUCGAAAAAUUAGAAGACCGAUUCGUAGAGACACUACUAAUAAUGGCCAUGAGCAUGCAGUAGGAUAUGUAACUGGAGAGCAGUAUUAUGGUGCAAAAGCAAGUAUAAAUGUGUGGGCACCUAAAGUUACCAACCAAUACGAAUUCAGUUUAUCACAAAUGUGGGUUAUUUCUGGUUCAUUUGGUGAUGAUCUCAACACCAUUGAAGCUGGUUGGCAGGUAAGCCCAGAGCUAUAUGGGGACAAUUACCCACGGUUCUUCACCUACUGGACUAGCGAUGCAUAUCAAGCUACAGGAUGUUACAAUUUGUUGUGUUCAGGAUUUGUUCAGACCAAUAAUAAAAUAGCAAUUGGGGCAGCAAUUUCUCCAACAUCCUCUUAUAAUGGUGGACAAUAUGAUAUCAGCAUCUUGAUUUGGAAGGAUCCGAAGCAUGGACAUUGGUGGCUGGAAUUUGGAUCAGGAGUAUUGGUAGGAUAUUGGCCAUCAUUUUUAUUUACACAUCUUAGGGGUUCAGCAAGUAUGAUACAAUUUGGAGGUGAAAUAGUGAAUAGUAAAGGAGGCAAUGGAUUUCACACAUCCACACAAAUGGGAAGUGGUCAUUUUGCUGGUGAAGGUUUUGGAAAAGCUUCUUACUUUCGGAAUUUACAAGUCGUCGAUUGGGACAAUAGUUUAAUACCAUUGUCUAAUCUCAAAGUCUUGGCUGAUCAUCCUAAUUGUUAUGAUAUUCAAGGUGGGAUUAAUCGUGUUUGGGGUAAUUAUUUUUAUUAUGGAGGACCUGGAAGAAACCAACGUUGUCCUUAAAUUAAACAUAUUUUUUUUUUAAAAAUCUUUUUGGUUCUUUGUUUUGGGUGAUUGGGGUGUACUUUUUAUUCUUUCCAUUGUAUUCUCAAGUCUACCAAGUGGUUCAUUAAAUUAGUUAUACCACCUUUAACUAGGGGAGUCGUGUAAAUUUUGGCAAAGAGAAUAGUGAAUAUAAUAUAGUAUGUUUUUUGCUGUGCUAAUUA